AAACAAUUCAGACCAUGCCCCUUCCCUGCUCACACGUCCUCCAUGGCUCCCCAUUGCUUCUCCCGUUACAACUGCACUCUUCCUGCAACGUUAAGUCCUGCUGGCCUCUUCCCCUCAGUCUGGUCUCAGGGCUUUUGCACAAGUUGUGCCCUCUGUUGGGAACACUUCCCAUGGCUGGCCCCUCUUCCUUCUCAAUGUGUCACCUCCUCAGAGAGGUCUCCUGGCUAAAGUCGCCCUUUGCCAUUUGUUACCUCUGUUCUUUUCCUUCCUUGACUAUGGUGUUUGAAAUUAUCUUGAUCAUUGAGUCGUUGGCUGUUUACUGUCUGCUUCCCCCACCAGACUUGGGGCCUCUGAGGGCAGGGUACUCAGGGUUUAGCACAGGGUCAGGAACACAGUAGUUACUCAAUAAAUGUUGUGUGAGUGGAUGACCAGCGAGGGGUGUUUGAGACCCAGGCCCAGGGGACCUGGAGAGCAUCAGGAGGACAAACCCAGUAGCUUCCUGAGGGUGACUGUGGCCAUGGCCAAGGCAGGAUGGGGAGUCUCUUGAGAAACCUGAGAAGCACAAUUCGUGGCAAGAAGCUUGGGGGGAGUUAGGGUUACACACCAGGCGGGGGCCCCUAUCCAUGACUUCUCAGAUAUGGGGUCUGGGCUUCAGCAUCUGGGUUGGUUCCCAAAGCAUCAUGUGAUCUGUGAAGAGGCCACCCUCAGGGUGACACUGUCCCUGACUUCUGGGACGGUCAUGAGAGGAAGAAGCAUUAAUUCACUACCUCCUGUGUCAGACGUUCCUAUUUCUAUGGUGAACAGGUACUGCAUUCCCAGCCCUUUCUGUGCCUCCGAUUCCAUCCCAUUUUCCUGAGGGGACAUCUGUAGAGGGAGAAACAGAGGCCUGGAAGUUAGCCUGAUGCUAAUGACAUUUAUCACACAUUUAUCAGGCACUGUUGUGGGUGCCACCUUACGUCUAAUUCAUGUAAUCAUCCUAUCAGCCCAAUUUCCCUCCCAUUUUACACUUGAGAAGACAGGCCUCAGAAGUUAAAUCAGGUAUCCCCUGAGUUGGGUAGCCAAGUUGAUGGUCUUUCCGUCACCAUAGACAGGCAAAGCAUGUCAGAUGCCCUGAUUUCUGUUUGCUCAACACGUCCUUUCUGCCAGUCCAGUGCUGAGAGAUGCCGGGGCCUCAGGGAGCCCAAGCCCGAGAAGACAGAGCCAGACAGACGAGGAAAGGUUUCCUGGAAGAGGGGACGCUGGAUUUUGCCAGGCAGGAAGGACAUUCCAAGAAGUGGAGCCACCGUGGGGCACGGUAGCAUGAGCCAGGCCAGGCCCUGGGAUAGGUCUCAAGUGCCACACUCAGAAGGGGUUCGCGCGGGGGGGGAGAGAGGGAAAAGGAGACGUGAACAGAUCGACGUUUUGAGGGCGGGGGGGCUACGUUCCACCGCCUCACCUAACAGGCGCCAACGCCCCGCCCCCGCCGCCCGCAGCCCUGGCAACGCCCCGCCCCUCCGCCCGCGGCCCUGGCAACGCCCAGCCCACUAAGCCAGCACGCGGGUCCGCCAGCCUCGCUUCCGCGUCGCUUGCUCCGCCCCGCGAGGCCCCGCCCCCGCGAGGCCCCGCCCCCGCGCUCGCCUGGGCGGGUUCCCGGCCGCGUUCCGGGGCGCGCGCUUCCUCCUCGCCCCCUAACCCCAGCCCCGCGGCGCGCACCCCCUACCCCGCUCCGCGGGGCUCCUGGGGCCAAUCCCGCCGCGGAGGUUCGUGCCCCGCCGCCGCCGCCGCUGCGCCCCCGCGCCUCCCGGGUCUCGGGCGGCGGCGGCGGCACAAAGAGAAGCAGCAUGUCCGACCCCAGCUACUGGACGGCGGUGGCUGCGCCAGGCCACCGGAGCCGCCUUGCCAAGGGCGCGCUGCUGCAGCGCUCCAAGAGCUGCCGCAGCGGGAACCGCAAAAGCCUGGUGGUGGGAACGCCCUCCCCAACCCUCUCCCGGCCCCUGUCUCCGCUCUCAGUUCCAACAGCAGGCAACAGCCCCCUGGAUAGUCCUCGGAACUUCGCUGCGUCGGCCGUGAACUUCCCCUUUGCCCGAAGCCACGUCCCGCGCAUGGACAGGGCUGACGGCAGAAGAUGGUCCCUUGCAUCUCUCCCAUCUUCUGGCUAUGGAACCAACACACCCAGCUCCACCGUCUCGGUACCCACAGUCCCACCUUGGCCAGCAGACAGGCGGUCGAGCUCAUCCUCCCGGGAGCGCCUCCACCAGCUUCCUUUCCAGCCGACACCGGAUGAACUAUGCUUCCUGUCCAAGCAUUUCCGCAGCUCAGAGAGCGUGGCUGACGAGGAGGGCGGCCACCGCUCACCCCACCUUCGUCCCCGUUCCCGCAGCCUCAGCCCGGGACGCACAACAGGGAACUUCGACAAUGAAAUCGUCAUGAUGAAUCAUGUGUACCGGGAGAGGUUCCCCAAGGCCACGGCACAGAUGGAAGGCCGCCUGGAAGAAUUCCUUGCUGCUUUUGCACCCGGCGCCCGGCUGGCCCUGGCCGAUGGCGUCCUGGGCUUCAUCCACCACCAGAUCAUUGAGCUGGCCCGCGACUGCCUGGCCAAGUCUGGAGAGGCCCUCGUCACCUCCCGCUACUUCAUGGAGAUGCAGGAGAAGCUGGAGAGGCUGCUACAAGAUGCCCACGAGCGCUCGGACAGUGAGGAGGUCGGCUUCAUUGUCCAGCUUGUCCGGAAGCUGCUCAUCAUCAUCUCGAGGCCGGCGAGGCUCCUUGAGUGCCUGGAGUUUGACCCUGAGGAGUUUUACCACCUGCUGGAGGCUGCUGAGGGCCAGGCCCGAGAGGGCCAGGGCAUCAAGACGGACCUGCCUCAGUACAUCAUUGGGCAGCUGGGCCUGGCUAAGGACCCCCUCGAGGAAAUGGUGCCUCUGAGUCACCUUGAAGAGGGAGGACAGCCUCCAGCACCUGAGUCCCCGGAGAGCCGUGCCCUGGUCGGCCCAUCGCGGAGGAAGCCGUGUGAGAAUGACUUCGAGACCAUCAAACUCAUUAGCAACGGGGCCUACGGGGCUGUCUACCUGGUGCGGCACCGAGACACACGGCAGCGCUUUGCCAUCAAGAAGAUCAACAAGCAGAACCUGAUUCUGCGCAACCAGAUCCAGCAGGUCUUUGUGGAGCGUGACAUCCUCACCUUUGCCGAGAACCCGUUUGUGGUCAGCAUGUUCUGCUCCUUUGAGACCCGUCGCCACUUGUGUAUGGUCAUGGAGUAUGUGGAAGGUGGUGAUUGUGCCACACUUCUGAAGAACAUGGGCCCACUGCCCGUGGACAUGGCCCGCAUGUACUUCGCCGAGACAGUUCUGGCACUGGAGUACUUGCACAACUACGGCAUAGUGCACCGGGACCUCAAGCCUGACAACCUGCUCAUCACCUCACUUGGCCACAUCAAGCUGACCGACUUCGGCCUGUCCAAGAUUGGGCUCAUGAGCAUGGCCACCAACCUCUAUGAGGGCCACAUCGAGAAGGACACCCGGGAGUUCGUGGACAAGCAGGUGUGCGGGACCCCUGAGUACAUCGCGCCCGAGGUGAUCUUCCGCCAGGGCUACGGGAAGCCGGUGGACUGGUGGGCCAUGGGUGUCGUCCUCUAUGAAUUCCUGGUGGGCUGUGUGCCCUUCUUCGGAGACACCCCCGAGGAACUCUUCGGCCAGGUGGUCAGUGAUGAAAUCAUGUGGCCCGAAGGGGAUGAGGCCCUUCCAGCAGAUGCCCAAGACCUCAUCACCAGGCUGCUCCGACAGAGCCCACUGGACCGUCUGGGCACUGGUGGCACCCACGAGGUAAAACAGCACCCCUUCUUCCGAACACUGGACUGGGCAGGGCUUCUGCGACACAAAGCUGAGUUCGUGCCACAGCUCGAAGCUGAGGAUGACACCAGCUACUUUGACACGCGCUCGGAACGCUACCGCCACCUGGGCUCCGAGGACGAGGAGACCAAUGACGAGGAGUCAUCCACGGAGAUCCCCCAGUUCUCGUCAUGUUCCCACCGGUUCAGCAAGGUCUACAGCAGCUCCGAGUUCCUGGCCGCCCAGCCCACACCAACCUUCGCCGAACGGAGCUUCAGCGAGGACCGGGAGGAAGGGUGGGAGCGUAGCGGCGAGGGCGAGUAUGGCCGCCGCCUGAGCAUGGAUAUUCGCAGCCUGAGGUCCUGGACGUCCUCUGGUACUUCCUGUCCGUCGUCUUCCCAGCCCGAGCAGGGCCCCAGCCCGUCUCUCUUGAGUACUAUUAGCCUGGACACGAUGCCCAAGUUUGCCUUCUCGUCAGAGGAUGAGGGAGCCAGCCCAGCCUCUGCGGGCCCCAAGAGGCCCAUCUUCAUUCUGGGGGAGCCCGAUCCACCCCCAGCAGCCACCCCAGUGAUGCCCAAGCCCUCAAGCCUUUCUGCUGACCCAGCCGCCCUCAGCCACGCACGCCUACGGAGCAACAGCAUCGGUACACGGCACUCGACACCACGGGCCUUGGAUGCUGGCCGAGGCCGCCGCCUUGGGGGCCACAGAGACCCAGCUCCUGAGAAGUCUCGGGCCUCCCCCAGCGGGGGCCGUGUGCCCAAGUCCGCCUCAGUGUCCGCCCUGUCGCUCAUCAUCACGGCCGAUGAUGGCAGCGGCGGCCCCCUCAUGAGCCCUCUGUCCCCACGCUCACUGUCCUCGAACCCGUCGUCCCGAGACUCCUCUCCAAGCCGAGACCCGUCCCCCGUGUGCGGCAGCCUGCGGCCCCCCAUUGUCAUCCACAGCUCGGGCAAGAAGUACGGCUUCAGCCUGCGGGCCAUCCGCGUCUACAUGGGCGACAGCGAUGUCUAUACCGUGCACCAUGUUGUCUGGAGCGUGGAGGAAGGAAGCCCUGCCCAGGAGGCGGGCCUGCGAGCUGGGGACCUCAUCACCCACAUCAACGGGGAGUCAGUCCUGGGUCUGGUGCACAUGGACGUCGUUGAGCUGCUGCUGAAGAGCGGCAACAAGAUCGCCCUGCGGACCACAGCCCUGGAGAACACCUCCAUCAAGGUGGGCCCCGCCCGGAAGAACGUGGCCAAGGGCCGCAUGGCUCGCAGGAGCAAGCGUAGCCGCCGGCGGGAGACCCAGGACCGGCGGAAGUCGCUCUUCAAGAAGAUCUCAAAACAGUCCUCUGUGCUGCACACCAGCCGGAGCUUCUCCUCCGGCCUCCACCACUCCCUGUCGUCCAGCGAGAGCCUCCCGGGUUCGCCCACCCACAGCCUGUCCCCCAGCCCCACUACGCCUUGCUGCAGCCCAGCUCCCGAGGCCCCCGCAGACACCGCAUCCCCUCCCAGUGCAUCCCCGAGCUCCAGUAGCCCUGCCUCUCCUGCCGCCGCUGGCCACACCCGCCCUAGCUCCCUGCACGGCCUGGCCGCCAAGCUCGGGCCACCCCGCCCCAAGGCCGGCCGCCGCAAGUCCACCAGCAGCAUCCCGCCCUCCCCACUGGCCUGCCCCCCGGUGCCCGUGCCCCCACCCCGCUCACCCUCGCCCCUCCCCGGGCACCCACCUGCACCCACCCGGUCUCCACGGUUGCGCCGGGGCCAGUCGGCUGAUAAGCUGGGUUCGGGUGAACGGCUGGAUGGGGAGCUGGGGCGCCGCGGCCGCGGGCCAGACUCGGAGCUGGUAGUCAUGCGGCGGCUACACCUGUCCGAGCGCCGUGACUCCUUCAAGAAGCAGGAGGCCGUGCAGGAGGUGAGCUUCGAUGAGCCACCCGAGGAGGCCGCCGGGCCGCUCACCUCUGUGCCGCAGAUUGCCGUGGAGGGCGCCGAGGCUGUGCCAGGAGCCCUUGGUCCUGCCGGGAAGGACUGAUCCCGCCCACCCGGCCUCCCCCUGGCCUAGAAGUUGGGCUUUUUCGUGUGCAAUGUUUUUUCCGUCAAGCGACUCUUGGAUGGAGACUGAGCCACCAGACUGUGACACCUGGAAGGCGAGAAGCCAUCUCAGUCCUUACCGGAAAGUAGAGACAGCACCUCCUUCGUGUUCCGGUGCAGAUCAGGGGCCGUACGUGGGGGCAGGAAUGGGGGACAAGGGUGGCAUUGUAAAUAGCAGCAAAUCCCUGCGACUAAUUUAUUACUUUUUAUAAGCGAUAGGUAGACUGAGCCACCACUGUGAAGGUGGCUGCCCGGGUCCUGCCCCUUGCACCUGGGACCCCAUUUGCAGACGCUGCCCCCUGGGCUGAGAAGGAAGCACUUUGGACAAGUUACGUA